UUGACCUGCAGUGUUGAAAGUUUCCCUCCAUCUCUGGUCAUGUGGUCUAAACCUACUUCUAAGCCAAGCCGACACAAUGAAACCUACACUGACGCGCACAAUGACACUGGAUCAGCUACACUUGUCAUCCCAAAUGUGACAGCAGAACAGUCUGGACAGUACAUCUGUACAGCAACACAUCUGGACACAACUAUGACUUCUUAUGUCAAUGUGACUGUGACUUACACAAGAAGACCUUGGAUCAUUGGAAACACAACUGUGAAGGAGGGAGAUGUUCUGAAUCUGACCUGCAGUGUUGAAAGUGUCCCUCCAUCCCUGGUUGUGUGGUCUAAACUUGGUUCCAACACAAACCUGCACAGUGACACUGGAUCAGCCAAACUUGCCGUCCUGAAUGUGACAACAGAAGAUUCUGGACAGUACAUCUGUACAGCUAAAUAUAUGAACACUACCCUUAAGGAUAAAUUCAACAUAACAGUGAUAUAUAAAAGGAAACCUCAGAUCAUCGGGAAUACAACAAUCAGGGAGGGAGAUGUUCUGAAUUUGACCUGCAGUGUUGAAAGUUUCCCUCCAUCUCUGGUCAUGUGGUCUAAACCUACUUCUAACCCAAGCCGACACAAAGGAACCUACACUGACGCAUACAAUGACACUGGAUCAGCUACACUUGUUAUCGCAAAUGUAACAACAAAACAGUCUGGACAGUACAUCUGUACAGCAACACAUCUGGACACAACUAUGACUUCUUAUGUCAAUGUGACUGUGACUUAUACAAGAAGACCUCAGAUCAUUGGAAACACAACUGUGAAGGAGGGAGAUGUCCUGAAUCUGACCUGCAGUGUUGAAAGUGUCCCUCCAUCCCUGGUUGUGUGGUCUAAACUUGGUUCCAACACAAACCUGCACAAUGACACUGGAUCAGCUACAUUUAUCAUCUCAAAUGCAACAGCAGAACAUUCUGGACAGUACAUCUGUACAACUAACUAUAUGGACUAUGCCCUGAAGGACAAAGUCAAUGUAAAAGUGAUUUAUAAAAGGAAACCUCAGAUCAUCGGGAAUACAACAGUCAAGGAGGGAGAUGUUCUGAAUUUGACCUGCAGUGUUCAAAGUUUCCCUCCAUCACUUAUUAUGUGGAAAAAACUUAAUUCCACCACAAUUCUUCAGAAUAGAACUUACACUGUCCUAACCAGUGACACUGGAUCAGCUACAGUUUUCGUCCAGAAUGUGACAACAGAACAUUCUGGACAGUACAUCUGUACAGCAACACAUCUGGACACAACUAUGACUUCUUACGUCAAUGUGGCUGUAACUUAUACAAGAAAACCUCAGAUCACUGGGAACACAAGUAUAAAGGAGGGAGACAAUCUAAAUCUGACCUGCAGUGUUGAAAGUUUCCCUCCAUCUCUCAUUAUGUGGUCUAAAUUGACUUCUGUCACAAACCUGCACAACGACACUGGAUCAGCUACGCUUGUCAUCCCUAAUGGAACCGCAGAAGAUUCUGGACAGUACAUCUGUACAGCUAAAUAUAUGAGUAACACUCUAAAAGAGGAAGUCCAUGUAACAAUAAAAGAAAACCUCAGAUUAUUGGGAGUACAACUGUUAAGAAGGGAGAUGUUCUGA